AUGGCGGCGCCCAGGCUGUGGUCCGUGAGCAGGCUCUUAGGGAUUCAAGCGACGCUGCGGUGCGGGAGUCGUGUUUACAGCACUUCCCAAGCCUUCGCGGAGGUGCUACAGCUGCCGAAGAGCAAGCUGACGAAACUUGUGUUCCCGCUACAGGAACUAGAGCGGCAUCUUCUCCCAGCUUGGAGAUCUGAACUGCACUUAAACAUCUUCGACCCGAGUCUGCAGGAUAUCGCGAGAGCGGAGAGCUUCUUCACGCACUCGGAGAGGAACCGCAUUGAGUACCUCUCCUCUGCGGUGCGCCUAGACCACGCCCCGGACCUCCUCCGCCCGGAGGUAUGUUUUAUAGGCAGAAGCAAUGUGGGAAAAUCAUCUUUAAUCAAAACCUUAUUUUCACUGGCCCCAGAGGUUGAAGUCAGAGUCUCCAAAAAGCCGGGACACACCAAGAAGAUGAAUUUUUUCAAAGUUGGAAAAUACUUUACAUUAGUGGACAUGCCAGGGUAUGGCUAUAGAGCACCUGAAGAUUUUGCUGACAUGGUAGAGACCUAUCUAAAAGAACGAAGGAAUUUGACAAGAACAUUUUUGUUAGUGGAUAGUGUUGUUGGAAUUCAAAAAGCAGACCAUAUUGCCAUAGAAAUGUGUGAAGAAUUUUCAUUACCUUAUGUGAUGGUAUUAACAAAAAUUGACAAAUGUUCCAAAGGAUAUCUUCUCAAACAAGUGCUUCAGAUCCAAAAAUUUGUUGAUAGUAAAACACAAGGAUGUUUUCCACAGUUGUUUCCUGUAAGUGCUGUCACCUAUUCUGGAAUCCAUCUGCUGAAAUGUUUUAUAGCGAAUAUAACAGGAAAUCUUAAGUCUUUAUAGCAUCCAGUUAAGUUGAAGAUUGAAAGUUGUUCAUGCCAAGUGAAGUUAAAAGGACAGAAUUUCAACUUUUAAAUGUUUUAUAUCUGUACCUUGCAGGAGAAUCACUUCAGCUUUAAAAUGCUACAUUUUCCCAAAGCAAGAAUGAAUUUCAAAUGUGAAAAAAAAGGGUUUAUAAAUCAUUGACAGACAUUAGUUUGUUAAAAAUAGGAAAACUGCUUGACAUAUAGAAGUCCAUAAAAUGAAAGCCUACUUACUACUGUGUAGAGACAGGCUUGUCAUCUUAUUUAAUGGGCUUUUGUCUUUUAAAGAAAAUGCCUACUGUUUGUAACAUUUUAAUGUUAAGAUGGACUAGAUUAAAAACAAAAAAAAGGGAUGUCACUUUUCUGUUAAGCCCUGUCCUAUGUGCAUGUAAGAAAUUACUUUUGAUAAAUGUCAGUCAGUUCAUACUGAAAAUAUUUUGUCAUUUCAAGCUAGCAUCUCUCCCCCCAAGGUGAACACAGGACUCUGAAUCAUAAGAUUCAUGUUUCAACUCUAAUAUUUAUUAUCUACUAAACUUUGUGCAAAUCA